AUGGACUCAAACAAAGAUGACACUAGAAAGAUGCGUGACGUGAGGGAAGAAAAUCCAUCGAAAUGUUUCAACACCACCACACAGAUUGAGGAAAAGUUAACCACUCUGGAGUCCAGAAUUAGAGUUGUGAAAUCGGAUUUCAAGGCGCAAGUCGACGACCUUAGAUCUCGUAUGGAACGUUUGAAGACAGAGCUGGAAAAUGUUCAAGACGAUUUGAACUCGAGGAAAAUGAAAGAUGCGAAAAAUUACGACGACGCGAGAAGAAAUAUCUUGAAAGAGACACGUGCGUAUCGAAAACACCUGCUACAAAAGAACAAAGAGUUGACUUGA